UGCAGUAUCAUUUGUGUUUCCUCUUAUUUUUUUCAAUUUUUAUACACUCAAAAUGUGAUCCAAUAAAUGUAAUAGUGCAUAGUAAAAAAGUAGAAGAUGGUGAAAGUAUUAUGCACGCAGCUGUUGAUUCUAUCUCAGAAUUAAGGUACGUUUUAAAUGGUUUAGAACACAUCACUUGUGUUUCAAUAGAAAAUCAGAUAGUAGAGACUCUACCGAAAGGAUUUCUAGCUGGUCAUAAAAUCGAGAAAUUCCACAUGAGUUUCAAUCAACUAAAAGAAGUUGAACCUGGAGCAUUCGAAGAUUCUUAUAUAUCAGAAUUGAAAUUGGUGAACAACAAAAUUAGAAUAAUUAGAACGGGUGUUUUAAAUAACCUUAAAUUUAUUACUGUUAACUUUGCAAACAACCCCAUAUUCCAAAUAGAAGAUGGUGCCUUUGAAAACUCCUCAAUUUUUAGCCUAGUUAUCAUAGAAAAUAGAUUGAGUAAUCUCACUUCCAAGAUGUUCAACGGUUCUUAUAUCUCCAACUUUUGGUUUGGUGAUGGUACUAUCAACGACAUUGAGGCAGAUACCUUCCGUAAUGUUUCUGGCCUGUACGGCAUAAAUCUGGAAGGUAACCACAUCCACAAUAUCGGAGAAGUGUUUUGCAACUUAACAUCACUCAGAUCGCUCAAUUUAAACCACAAUUUUAUCAAACUCUUGAGACCUGGUAGCUUCAACGGUACCUGCUUGGACUAUUUAUACCUCAAAAACAACAGUCUUACACGAAUAAACGCAGGCACUUUUAUAAAUUUACCAAUACCUGAGAUUGAUCUUUCCUACAACUUAAUAUCUACGCUACAAGAAGGCGCAUUUGAAGACGUACAAGCUUUAAAAUUAGAUUUAAGUCACAACAAGUUAACUAGAAUCGCCAACAAUAUUUUCAAUGACUCUGAUAUCAACAAAUUAAUUCUAGAUGAUAAUGAUAUCGUGGAUAUUGACGAAGACGCUUUUGAAAAGAUCAGUGGACUUGUGACUCUAAGUUUGAAAGGCAAUAAACUUACUAAAAUAAAAAACGGGAUGUUGCCACAAAUGAGUAUCAUUCUUUUGCAACGUAACGAAAUAGCUUCGAUUGAGAGAAGGGCUUUGAACAAUCUUAAAUUUAGUCUAGACCAUCACAAGGCUUUAGCUGACAAUCCUGUGAAGUUAGUCAAGUUAGAUGAGCGUUAUUGUGUAGUUUAAUUUUUAUGAAUUUAGAUCUUGGUUUUCCUAAAUAAGUGUUGGUAGGUAUUUGGUCCUUUUAUUUUUUUUUUAUUUAAAGUAUGUUAAAUUUUCUCAAAAAAAUAUUACUGUGCACUAGAAUGACAAACUUUUACUACUACAAAAUUAUGUCUAAGAAAUUUGCUUAGAAAAAGGCGAUAAGAAUAUGCAAAAGAUUCUCUUCUGUAUAGUCUUUUAAGAGUUAACGACGUUCUACACCUUCGGCAAAGAAUUAAGGAUUUGCAUGAAAUUUUAGUAUGUUAUGGUUUACUUCAAAAAACUAAGACUUGAUUUUUAAAAAAUUGUUUUACCGUGCCGUUUAAUUACUAUUAAGGGUCAAAGUUAAGUUUUAACAUUAAAAAGUUAAUAACUUUUGACCCAAAUUUACGAUUUUUAAUUAUUUGUGCUUAAAUUAAAGUUUUUUUUAAUGAAUAACAUAUUAAAAAAUGAGGAUUGUUAACCGUACCAUUUAUUUUUAAUUUAUUUAUUAUAAUUAAUUCCGUAAUUUGUUCCGUAAUUUCCGUAAUUUAUUAUAAUUUAUUUUUAUAAAGUAUUCAAUACUGAAACAUAUGAUUUGAGUAUUCUGCUAUAAAUUCAUUGUUACCAACUUUCGCUUGCAUAUAAGUUUCCCCCCUUUCCUCUGAGAGGCAUACCCCGCAACGAAGGUGUAGAACGUCGUUAAUCAGUGGCACAUACAUAUACUAAAAACAUACUAAAAAAGUAAAGUCUUUUAAGAGUUAAUCAGUGGCACAUACAUAUACAACAUAAUGUUUGGUUUGUUAAUAAUGGUCUUUAUUCAUA